AUGGCUGUCACACCCGCAACACUCCGCAAUGAGAUGUCUCUGCAGAUGAGGACAGUUGCCAAGGAACAACUGACUGAGAAGAACAGUGGCUUUCUCCAAAACGCCAGUGUGACUGAAGGUGUGAAGGAAAUUGUCAAAAUGGAGCACCCCUCAGACAGACCAGAGGAAAAAGACAAAUUUUCGAAAAACCUACAGACUGAUUCCCUUCACAAGAUGGACACUAAAAUACAGGAUAGGUUGGAGCAUGAAUCUAAGCACAGCCAGGAUCCACCGAGCAAUCCGGAUGAGCAAGAAGUAACUCUUGUUUGUGAAGACCCUCAAGUAUCACUGUCACAGUUUUCAGAGAAGAGCACCCCUGCACUGACCCCAGAGAGCUCAAUCCUCAAGCUGAGCUCCUGGAAUGUAAAGAUGGGUCUACAAAUGAGAGAACUUGGAGCUGACCACGUUGACUGGUUGGAGAAGAUCAAUGGCAUUAUACAAAAGAUAAACAAUACAGAAAGCACAGUGAAGAGCCUUUUAACUGAGGUGAUAUCCCUGGAAAAGCAGUCUGAACAUUUGGAGGACCCUGAUCAGGAAACAAACAUUGAGGAGAAGAUCAUAGGAAUUAGAAAGCAAUUAAAAGAAAUGAACAUCAAAUUGGCCCAGGUUGAUGCUUGCAAUGAAGCCCGUGAAUUAAAGGAGAAACUCAUUGAACGGAUAGAGAGCUUUUAUAAGGAAAUGAACGCACUGAACACUAAGCUGGAGAUGUACCACACACAAGGAAGGGAGACAGACUCCCGCAGCUCUGAAGACUCAGACAAGGAGCAAACAGAGCCCCUGCUUCCCGAGGCUUCACCAACCCCUUCAGCGUCACACACUCCUCCCUACUUACUCCCAGUGUGGAAGCACGCACUGAAGCUCUUCCUCAUGGUGUAUGUGAUCACCAUCACUGGCCUGUCGUGUUACACACUGUUUGUGGACGCCACAUUUCUCUUCGAAAGGGUGCUGCCCAGCGUGCUGGGGCGCCGCACCAUGUGGGAGCUUCGGGAGAUGAUGGCACCUUUCCUGAAUUUGGAAGCAGAAGAUUUGUUACCAUCCUAA